AUGAUCCAGAAACUCAGAGGAAAGAAGGAGUUCACGGUGUUAGCGACGGUCAGACAAGAGCAUCUGAACUCUGGGGUCAUACUCUCCAUCCACCACCAAGAGAACAGGUUCUUGGAGCUGGAGAGCAGUGGUCAGCGCAGUGAGAUCCGCCUCCACUACAGAACCCGGGGUCAGCAGCCGCACACGGAGGUCUUCCCCUACAGCCUCGCCGACGACCAGUGGCACAAGCUCUCCAUCGCCAUCAGCGCCUCACACAUGGUCCUGCACAUCGACUGCAACCGGAUCUAUGAGCGAGUGGUGGAAGCUCCUUAUAUGGACAUCCCGGAGGACGCAGCGUUGUGGCUCGGACAGAGGAACUCGGCUCACGGAUUUUUCAAGGGCGUGAUGCAGGACGUGGAGAUGGUGGUGAUGCCUCAGGGCUACAUCUCACAGUGUCCCGACCUCAACAGAACCUGUCCCACCUGUAAUGACUUCCACGGCCUGGUGCAGAAAAUCAUGGAGCUGCAGGACAUUCUGGCUAAAACCUCCAGCAAGUUGUCUCGAGCGGAGGAGAAGAUGAACGGUCUGGACGGUUGUUACUGUGAGAGGACGUGCAGCGUGAAGGGCUCGGUCUACAGAGAGGACGAGGGCUGGACCGACGGCUGCCGGAACUGCACCUGCUCCAACGGCUCGGUGCAGUGCGAGGCCAUCUCCUGCCCCCCCCCUCAGUGUCCGAGGGGGACGGUCGCGGCCUACGUGAGAGGAGCCUGCUGCCGGGAGUGCCAGCCUGUGUGUCUGUUCGGAGGGCGGGAGCUGGUGGAAGGAGACCGUAAAGCCGUCAGGGACUCUUCUGGAAGGUGCCUGCUGUUCGAAUGCCGGGAGCGGACGAUGCACCGAGUGGUUCCCAGCGAGCCCUGUCCUGAACUCUCCUGCCCCGAGUCCGAGCAGGUGGCUCUGAGCGACCGCUGCUGCAAAGUCUGCAGAGGUCAUGACUUCUGCUCCGAGGGCCACAGUUGCCUGGAGCACUCUGACUGUGUGAACCUUGAGGCCGGAGACUGCUGCGUCUGCAAAGAUGGCUUCAGACCUCUGAGAGACGACAACGCCUACUGCGAAGGUGAGGACAGGCAGGAGCAGACCAAGCGGCUGUGGCCUGGUGUUAAUGAGGACCCGGCUUCAAAGGCCUCGCGCGCAGCACGCCGCGACGCGCAGGACAGCAGAACCGAAGCGACGGCAGCCGCGACAUCCGGGCACAAGCCAAAGGACAGACAAGACACCUACGAACACCACCCACGCAAGCGCGGGACGGAGAAGCGGGACGACGAAGCACAGCCGACAGAGCGAAAGUGA